AAUCAGCCAUUGGUUAAAAACGAGGUGUGUAUGAGCAACAACAAGUGAUUUAAGACAGCAAUAAAAAACACAACAUCGACCGCAUUUCAGAAUCCCACCAAUCAGAGCUCGCUUACAGCGUAGCCAGCCAAUAGGAACGCAGCAACAGUUCCAUCCCCCGCAUAGACAGGAAAUCACGUUCUAGCCCGCUGUUGUUGUUACGGAUAAUCCCGGAGAUGUCGGCUCUCUGACAGCAUGGGCUCACUGUCAUGGCUGGCAGACCUCAGCAGCUCCGCUCCGUCUCCUCCGAACAUGCUGCCUUUGCUGCUCUUCUUCGUGGUUUUUUAUCUGGUUCGUUUUUAUCAGAAGCAGCGCGGCAUCUACAGGAACAUCCCGCCAGGUCCGCGGCCGUGGCCGGUGGUCGGUAACUUCGGCGGCCUUCUCCUGCCUCCCUUCAUCCGGCGGAGGUUCGGACAGACCUCCAAGCGGAACAUCGGCGUCAUGGAGGCUUUAACGUCCCAAGCCAGCGUUUACGGGAACAUCUACAGCCUGUUUGUGGGCAGUCAGCUGAUCGUUGUUCUCAACGGCUAUGAGGUGGUGAAGGACGCGCUGUCAAACCAUCCAGAUGUGUUCUCAGACCGGCCAGAUGUUCCCACUAUCUCCAUACUCACCAAACGGAAAGGAAUCGUGUUCGCCCCCUACGGGCUGGUGUGGAGAAAGCAGCGUAAGUUCUGCCACGCCACCCUGAGGAACUUCGGCCUGGGUCGGCUGAGUUUGGAGCCGUGCAUUCAGCAGGGCGUGGCCGCCGUCAAAAUGGAGCUGCUGAGGCUGAACGGAGAGCGCGGCGGCGUCGACCCCUCCAGGCUGAUCAGCAACGCCGUGUCAAACGUCAUCUGCUCCCUGAUCCUGGGUCAGCGCUUCCAUCACGACGACCCUGAGUUCCGCGGCAUCCUGGACCUGAUGUCGCGCGGGUUGGAGAUCUGCAUAAACAGCCCCGCAGUGCUCAUCAACAUCUUCCCGCUGCUCUACUACCUGCCCUUCGGGGCGUUCAGGGAGCUGCGGCGGGUGGAGAGAGACAUCACGGUGUUCCUGAAGAAGAUCAUCCAGAGCCACAGCAACACUUUGGAUCCUGACAACCCCAGAGACCUGACUGACAUGUACCUGAUGGAGAUGCUGGCUCAGCAAGCCGCAGGAGAGCAGGACAGCAGCUUCACAGAGGACUACCUCUUCUACAUCAUCGGAGACCUCUUCAUCGCCGGAACCGACACCACCACCAAUUCAGUUCUGUGGGUUCUGCUCUACCUGGCCCUGUACCCUGAUAUCCAAGACCAGGUCCAAGCAGAGAUCGACAGAGUGGUGGGCCGACGCCGCCCUCCAUCUUUGACUGACAGAGGAAGUUUGCCUUUUACUGAAGCCGCCAUCAUGGAGGUGCAGAGACUGACGGCGGUGGUUCCUCUCAGCAUUCCUCACAUGGCGUCAGAGACCACAGCAUUCCGGGGCUUCACCAUUCCCAAAGGAACGGUCAUUAUGCCCAACCUGUACGCGGUCCACAGAGACCCCAGUAUGUGGGACGAUCCGGACGCCUUCAACCCGGCCCGCUUCCUGGACGGAGAGGGGAAACUGCUGAGGAAAGAGUCCUUCAUACCGUUUGGAAUCGGUCGCCGGGUGUGCAUGGGCGAACAGCUGGCCAAGAUGGAGCUGUUCCUGACCGUCAGCGGUCUGCUGCAGGGAUGCACCUUCCGGCUCCCAGACGGGGCGUCCGCUCCGUCCCUGCACGGUCGCUUCGGCCUGACUCUGGCUCCCUGCCCCUUCGCCUUGUGCGUGAGCGCCCGCAGUGAGGACUCAUUCAGCCGCGACGCACUCGGCUAGAGCGGCUGCUGCGACCUGAAGAUGCUUCUCAGGUCUCCUGGAGAGACUCUGGGAGAGAAUUUAAACCAAAGAGUGUCUCUUUCGCAACAUCUUAUCUUUUAUUUUUAAGAAUAUUUCUCUGAUUAGUCAAAAUGUAUUUGACUCUAAAAAACUUGGAUUUCAUUUUUAGGUAAUUUCAUGUGUUAAUUUAUAAGAACAGUAUUAAUUUGUUUAGCACUUACAUUUAUUUCCCUUUAAAAGGUCAAUUUUUAUUUUCGGCUGAUUCUAUAAGAUACCAGAUGAAAAUGUUAUUGUUUUAUGGUCAGUUAUUAUUUUAAUAUGGAGAAAAAUGUUUAUUUUCUGCCCCAUAAAAUGAAAGCAACUUGAAUACCUGACUUAUUUAAUCAUAAUAAUAGAUUAUUGUCCUAUUCAUUUGAGGAGAAAUGAUGUUUUCUUGGUAAUUUUUUAAGAAACUUUUGGAUGCAGACUUCCUUUGACAGGAAUUGUAGAAAAACAGAAUAUUAAUAUUUUAAUCAAAGAAGCUUUAUUGGCACAAGUGCAAUUUGUAUCUGCUGAUGAAACGUAUGUGAACAUUUAUUAGUUAUUUUUUGAUGUGAAAUGACAUGUCUGAUAUAACAGGAAUCAAAAUGCGAAUCUUGGGAAAAGUUCCAGAGUGCAGUUUUUGAUUUGACCUGCAGAUGUCACUGUUAGGCUUGUUACAUUUCUGAACUUUUUUCCUAUUCUGUUUUAGUAAAGAUGAGG